AUGACCGAUUCGGCGGCAACGGGCCCAGCGAACGGCGUACAUGCGCCCCUGAUGGAUCUCAAGUCCGUCAAGGCGACUUCAGAUCAGACAUGGCGCCAAAUUGAGACAAUCGUCGCAACUCAAAACAGACAAAUUCAAGAGUUGCGUGGAGCUAUCGACACGCUGACGGCGUCCGAGCAGUCGCUUCAACAAAGGAACUCGAUUCUGAAGGGCAAGUUGGAAGGUGUCGAGGUGACUGCACGCCGUUUGGAAGAAUCUCACAGGCGUCAGCUAGAUCAUGGGAGACGCAUGUAUUGUGCUCUGAAGAAGGACCAUGAUGCCCUGAAGGCGGAACACGAACAGAUGGUGGCGGAUCACAAGCGCCAUGAAGAGGGCUGGCGAUCAUUCAAGGCUUGGUGGCUCAGCAAGGUGAACUCAAACCGAAAGAAUGCCGAUGAGCAAUGCACACCUCGCACCAUUCGCAAAGGCAGCAGCUCUUCCACCAGCGAUCAGCGUGAUGGAGAUAUGUCAGCUCACGUUAAGCAGACCGCUCGGCAGCUGAAAGAAGUCAACGAGGCUGCUACGAGCCGCCAAUCAACUUCCACCUCGAGCAAGCGUAAAGAAUCGCUGAGCUCCGCUGAUCGCAAGAUGCUGCGCCACUUUGGACUAGACCCGACUCAGGUGGGAUGCUCCGGCCCAUUUUUCGUGCCCACAAGUAUGGAUGGUGUUGAUGUAUUACAGGGUCCCGACGAGGCGCGCAUCACCAACCUUACAGAUCACAGUCCUGAGGGUCAUGGAGAUGGCUGUCAACAAUGGGCGAUGGCUUCGCCAUGCGUCAAGCCUAUGUCUCCCGCAAAACCCGUCACUCCGUCGUAUGAGGUGCUUCAGUCCACGCCUGUCAAUGUUACCGUCAGAUCCCGAACGCAUACAGAUGCUCGCCAGUCAGCCGGUGGACGCGAGAAGAAGAAGGUUGCUGCAAGCGAGGUUACGCCUGCGCGCUCACUGCCUCAAGAUGCAGAUGACGUCGACAAACCCCAACAUCUCCGUACAUCACUAUCCAAAGAUCCGCACAGUGAGCAGCGCAAGAAGAGUCCAACGCGUUCCAAAGACGAGCACCGGGCGGAUGGCAGCAUUCCUUCGCCACUGCCUGAGGCUGCGAGGCAAGGGCGCGACCGGAGGCUGCCGAACGAUCAGGAAGAUGUCGAGCCUGAGCACAUCAAAAUUGGCGUCUCGGCUGUUCGGGCCGCUUCACCGAAAAGCGCUGUAGUAGCUACGCUCGGUCCGCCUCCAGAGGACCACAGCGAAGAGGCGCGCAAAAGUACCAGGACUCCUCGCACCUCCAGCGCUACCGUCAGCGUGCCGCAUGACGCCAUCGAUCGGCCAAUACUUGACGAAAUUACGCGGAACGUCUCCCCAUUACCUAAGACGAGCAGCUUCAUAGAUCUUGAGCUCGACCCAGCCGCCUUUGCGAAGGUCGACAAGGAUGGACCGGAGUCGAGUCCGGCUCGCAAACGCAUCAAAUUGGACAUUGCGGACGCGCAGCAGCAGAAGGAAGAGCUCAGGCGACAGAGGCGUGAGAAGCGUGGAGAGGAGGUCGAAGAGCUGGCACGUAAUCCGAACAAGUUCAAAGGCAACGGAAGAUAUGCAAACGAGCUGUGAGUAAUCUUCUCUCCUUCUAGGCAAGCCAGAGCGCCGACCUGAUACUGCGCUUCGAAUGGCAUGCAUAGGCGAGGUGCCACACGCACCAUCAACCAAGAUUUUGAGAUCGAUCCCGCGCAAAAUGGCGGAGUCGCCUUUCCCCACAAAGAAGUGAUCAGAGGCAAGCAGGCGCGCAAGAGCUUGCAUGCAUAUGACUGUCACUGCUGCGCAGCUGUGAGUAGCUAUCGGAUUCUUUGCUGGGUCGGAGGUCUGACGGCUCACGAAGCGCCGUUUCCCCACUGUAUGUCAGUGGUACGAGGCUGUGGGCCCGCAUGCUAGACCUGAGGAUCGUCAAGCUCAACUGCAACAGACGAGCCGCCAUCGUGCUUAUGGGCCUCCUGCGUCUACUCCCGAAGGAUAUUGGUGAGUUGUCAACUUCUGCGGUGCUUUGCGCACAACGAGCUUCGUUUUCUUAUCACCUGUCACGCUCGACCUGUCUUCUGCAGGCGCAUCGAGUUUCCGGAGUCAGCUGAAGCGGAAAAGAUCAAUGCGCAAGCUGAGGAGCAGCGAAGAAACAAGAGGGCGCAAAUAGAAAGGUGCGCACGUCUCUUCGUCUUUCUCACCCGUUCGAGCAAGCUGACACUGCCUCGUUCUGCUUCUUAGAGACCCGAGGUUCCGUGAGAGGAUUCGCUGA